AUGGCCACAACGCUGUCGAGCUCGAUCUCGGCAAAGACCGUCCUCGUCCCACUCUUCACUCUCGCAUGGGCCAUCUUUCUUCCCUCCAUGGCACUCACCUUUCUGCCGGAUGCCACACUGUCGUGGUCGUCGGCAUUCAUCGCUGUACUCUCGCUCGCUGGCUCGUCAGCUGUCAACAGCGCCGCCAUCUCAGACGUGCCCGGUCGCGUCGUCGUCGUGGCCACCUCUCUCAUCUUUGCCGCCCUCAUUGUUGUCGCCUUUUGGUGGGCCACCGCGCGUCUCGCCCACAACCUCUCUCGAAACCUCUCUGACAUCGCCUUUGUCCCCGAGGACGUGCUCGAGCAGGAUCCCACUCGCCAGCUUCCUCUGGCUCGCUUUCUUUCCAUGGCGGCUGCCAUGCUUCUUGUUGUCCCGGGCGCGGUCACCUCGCUCACUGCUGGUGUCAACAUUGCCGCCCAGCUCGCCUCGACCGCUUGGUUUGGCCACAUUGACACGACGCCGCCUUCGACCCAGAUUGUGCUGGCCAUCACCCUCCUUGGCCUCACCGUCAGCCUUGCACUUGUUGUCCUGGCUAUCACCGACAUCCGCCUCCGCGCUGCCCGAUCUGCGCUCCUCCACGCUUACGACAGCGGGCGCUACCUCAUCACCCGCCUCGGUGCCGUCGAUGAACGCGAAAUCGCGCUCCUCCUCGACCGCACAACGCUCACCUCACACACUUCGCUCUACAUCGCGCUGCCAGUUGUACUACUUGUCGUCUUUGUCUUUUGGCCGAGCCUCGCCAGCAUUGCUCUCUGGCGCGCGGCGAGCAAUACCCAGCUCGACCUCCUCGACGCCGCCUACGUCGCCGCCGGCUGCGUCUCCACCUCGUCCUUUGGCGCUUUCCUUCACACCUUUCCGAACGCCACCCACUCGCCGCAUGAAGCCUCGCCCGCACGGGCUAGUGAGGUCGCUUCGCGCCUCGACUCGCAGCUCGAGCUUGUUCUCGCCUUUGUGCUCCUCGGUGCUGUACUCCUGCUGAUGAUCGCCUGCUCGUGUGCGGCCUCGCUCGCACACAUCCACCAAAACGGCGUCUUUGUUCGCAAGCUCCUGGUCUCGGUCAACUGGCGCGGCGUCGCUCUCCGCGCUGGCUACUCGGACAACUCGGUGGCGCUACCCAUCGACGACGACCCGACCUCGCUCGACCAUCGCCAGCAGCUCCUUGAGCUCCCGCCGCUCAUUACUCUCUCGGACGCGUGGGACGAACACCUCACUGUCCAUAGACUCCACACCUCGACCUGGCUCACAGCAGGCGCGAUCCUCUUUGCCGCUGUCGUUGUCCUCGGCGCCGCCAUUUCAUCCACUCUCCGCUUCGGUCUCUCCUGCUCCUCACUCCCAGCCGGCCUCCUGGACGACCCCGGUGCAACUCCGUGCGGCUCGUGGCCGACUGCCAUUUACAUCACAGCCACUUCACUCCUGGGCAUUGGCACCGGGAGCGUUGCCGCACCGGCAGCUCUACCACCCGGCGGCCGAGCCCUGCUUGCCCUCGCCUCGCUCUUUGCCGCCGCGUGGUGGAUCAUUGCCUUUGCCGCCGUCUCCGAGGCGGCCGUCGCUGCCGCCCGGCUCGGAUGGCUUCGAGAGCACGAGGACUACGCCUCGACCGUACUCCGCGUCCUCGCCGCCCACGCCGAGGACUCACACGACGCCAGCGAGCUCACUGGCCAGCCCUCGUCCGAGCUGUACUCGGGCGAGUCUGAGUACAACAACGAGUCGUAAAGGCUCUAGCUUGUUGUCGCAUCUCUUGCUUCAGCCUCGCCUUCGCGGAAGAACCGCAGCUUGGAGAGAAAGUCGGAC